AUGGUCAAUCAACUCUUCCAUCAACCAUACGACCCAGCCUACCUCGAGCAACUAGUCCAGGAGUCUUCAAACCUCGGACAAACAAUUUCACUGCCAGUACAUACUCCGUAUGCAUUCAAUCUACUCGUAGGUUUCCCCAAGCUUCCCCUCAACAUCUCCACGCCAAGUACCCCUUUCGUUUGCAAGCCACAUAGGGAUGUUGCUAGCGCACCCCUCCGAUUGGUGCGCAUCGAUGCGCACUGGAGAAACCUUCUUGCGAACCAGUCCCAUGUUAUUAGCCAGCGCUCUCCGUUAUUCUCCUUUGCACUGCUUACUGCGGUUGUCGAGACGAUUCUCGCGGCUCCUGCACUUGCUCCUUUUAGUACUUUUUCUGAUGUCACGGUCUUUACUCCCGGGGCCAAUUGGACUGAUCCUGGUGUUCUCUAUGCACGAACCGUCGAGUUACCAGGUGAUGUCCUCCUAGCUACUUGGGAAAAUUACAGUCCUCAACUUCCUCUUGUCUAUUUCCCCAUUUUCAAAAGUACAGAUGGUGGGGAAUCAUGGAAACAUAUCUCGAAUAUCACGGAUCAGGUCAACGGAUGGGGAUUGAGAUAUCAACCAUUCUUAUACUUGAUGACGGAGAAGGUUGGAAAAUACCCAGCAGGCACUAUUCUUGCAACGGGACUUUCUAUACCGGCCGAUUUAAGUGAGACUCAGAUUGAUGUUUAUGCUAGUUUGGAUCAUGGAUAUACUUGGGAAUAUGUAUCGACAGUGGCGAAUGGCGAUGCAGCUUUUCCUGAUAAUGGAGUUCCUGCUAUUUGGGAACCUUUCCUUCUUACAUACAAGGGACAAGUCGUUCUAUACUACUCCGACCAACGUGAUCCAUUAUACGGUCAAAAGCUCGUGCAUACCGUCUCCUCCGAUCUCCACACUUGGGAAGACCUUGUAGACGACGUCCACUACUCAACCUACACCGCUCGCCCCGGAAUGACAGCCAUCACGCAACUCCCCAAUCACAAAUACAUCAUGACUUACGAAUACGGCGGCGGCCCCACCAUAAACAACACCAGCACCUAUCUCUUCCCGAUCUACUACCGUAUUUCCUCCUCGCCCCUCACAUUCCUCUCGACCCCGGGUAUCCCCCUCAUAACCAACAACGGCAUCCAACCCACCGGAUCCCCCUACAUAACCUGGACCCCCAUCGGUGGUACCAACGGCACCCUCAUCGUAAGUAGCGGCGGCCGCACAGAAAUCUUCGUAAAUCGAGCGCUGGGAGCGGAAGAGGAAUGGAAGACGGUGGGGACAUCUGAGAAAACUAGUUAUACGCGUCAUUUGAGAGUGUUGGAGAGUAAUCGGAAUCAUCUUUUGAUUAUGGGCGGGGGGAUCUUGCCACCGACUACCACGAAUAGGGUUUCGGUUAGUGUGCUGGAUAUUACUAAGGGGAUUGCUGCGGAGUCGUAG